GCAAACUGUAUACAAAACGAACUGGAAGUCAAUAGCCGCUCUCCUCUCACGUCGCCCACAUGAGAAACAGCCGCUGCUGCCCCUCACGUCCGGAUCUCUUCGGGUUUCUGAUGCGUCCGACUCGACGCCUGCCAGCAGGGGGCGCCGUUUCACCGCAGAUCCUGGCGACCCGCGGCGGCCGCAGCAACGCCUUUGCGUCAACCAUCGCAGAUCCACAGCAUUAGCUCGCGCAGCAUCCCGCAUCUCGCGGCCAUCGGGACCAGGAGCACACCUUCAUCUGAUCGUCCAUUCCACAACAGCCCGGCGCCGUCUGCACAUCGCCGACAACCAGGCCAGUUCAUCACGCUGCCUGCAUCAUUUCAUUUCAUUUCUCUCUCUCUCUCCCCCUGUCUGGAUCAUCUCGGAUUAUUUUUUUUUUCUUCGCUGCAAUUACUCUGUUCGAGAUGGUUAAAUUUUUUUUUUCAAGCGUGUCAUUCUAAGGAAGACUAUCAUCUUUCAAGUCGUUGAGCUGGAGAUCUGGAGGUGCAGGCUGUCCAGGUGAUAGAUACCCCCUCAAAGAGCUCAGACCUCUGACCCUGACGCUCCUGGACGCCUAUCAGCCGCCAUGGGAACCGUUCUGUCUCUGUCCCCCAGCUACCGGAAGGCAGCGCUCUUUGAAGACGGCCCCGCCACGGUGGGCCACUACACGGCCGUGCAGAACAGCAAGAACGCCAAAGACAAGAACCUGAAGCGCCACUCGCUCAUCAACGUGCUGCCAUGGAAGCGGAUCGUGGCGGUGUCGGCCAAGAAGAAGAGCUCCAAGAAAGUGCAGCCCAAUGCCGCGUACCAGAACAACGUGUCCCAUCUGAACAACGAGAACCUGAAGAAGUCGCAGUCCUGCGCCAAUCUGUCCAGCUUCACCCAGGACCAGAGCAGCCCGGCUCUCAGCAAGAGCUCCAACAACACGACAUCCUCGGUCAAGAAGGCCCCACUGACUAACUCCAAUGUGGCCCCUGGCACCCCUAAGAGAGUGAUCGUUCAGGCCUCCACCAGCGAGCUGCUGCGCUGCCUGGGGCGGCUGAAGCACUCUCGGUGCUGCGGACUCCUGCUGCAGGGCUGGCCCAGGGCUUCAACAGCCUUCGUCUACAUGCUGUGCCGCGACGUGGUCUCCUCCGAGGUGGCCACGGAGCACGAGCUGCAGGCCGUCCUCCUCACCUGCCUCUACCUGUCCUACUCCUACAUGGGUAACGAGAUCUCCUAUCCGCUCAAGCCCUUCCUGGUGGAGAGCUCCAAGGAGACCUUCUGGGACCGGUGCCUGUCCAUCAUCAACCUGAUGAGCGCCAAGAUGCUCCAGAUCAACUCCGACCCCCACUACUUCACUCAGGUGUUUGCCGACCUGAAGAACGAGAGCCAGAAGGAGGAGGAGAGGAGCCGCCUGCUCAUCGGCCUGGACCGGUGA